AGAGGAGGAGAGUGAUGGGCGGAGACGAGCAAUGUUUUUGAGGUGGAAAAAGGCGGUCCUGGUGAUGUGAUUGAUGUGGUGAUUGAAUUUGAGCUGACUGUCGAAGAUGACUCCGAGGUUGUGGAUGUGAGGGGGGGGGAUAGAGUAUUGCUGUCAAUGGUGAAGUUGACAUUCUGGAUGGUUUUGGUACGGGAUGGGGGGCCGAUGAUAAUGAUGUCUGAUUUGGCACUGUUCAGUUGGAGAUAGUUUGUUUGCAUCCAUGCUUUUAUUUCUGAGAGACCGUUGGUGAGAGUGGAGUGUGUUGUGAGGGUGAUGGUUUUUGUUGAGAUAUAAAGUUGGAUGUCAUCGGUGUAGCAGUGAAAUUGAAGGUUGUAGCGACAAAUGAUUUUGCCAAGGGGGAGCAUAUAGAUAGAGGAUGAAGAGGAGGGGGCCAAGCACCGAACCUAGGGGGACGCCUUGGGACAGAGGAGCAGUGGAGGAGGUGCAGUUGUUGAUGUUGAUAAACUGAUGUCUGUCGGUGAGGUAGGAUUUCAGCCAGGAGAGUUUAGUGUCGGUGGUGUUGAGUGAUGAUUCGAGGAGGGACAGCAGGAUGGUGUGGUUGAUGGUGUCGAAUGCUGCGGUGAGGUCGAGGAGGAUGAGGAUGUUCAGGUUGCCGGAGUCAAAGGAGAGGAGGAGGUCGUUUGUGAUUUUGAGAAGAGCUGUUUCCGUGCUGUGUUUUGAUCGGGAACCAGAUUUAAAUGGUUCAAAAAGGUCAUUUGAUUGAGGUGGGAUUUUAGUUGUGAGGCAACGACACGUUCAAGUAUUUUUGACGGAAAGGGGAGAUUUGAGAUGGGCCGGAAGUUGGACAGGAUGUCAGGUGUGAAAUACACAUAUUCUGUUCCCAAACUCUAAAAUGUUGAUAGCUCAGCUUUUAGAGUGGGUACCAAUGUACUAAAUCUUACCUUUUGUUAUAUCUUUAUGCUUAAAUGUUUUCUGUAAAGCACUUUGAAUAGAGAGGUGCAGUGAUGACAUAUUUUUGUAGGGAAACCUUACACCUUUUUGUAGAAUAUUGCAGAAAAUAAGAUCUGUGGAAAACAGGAUAAUCUCAACAUAUUAACAUAUUAUGAUUGAAGCUUGAAUGCGGUGUGUUAAAAAGAAAAAAACAGCUCAACACACUCUGAAAUACACAUAUUCAAUUCAAUAUUCUGUUCCCAAACUCUCCUAAAAUGUGGAUAGCUCAGCUUUUAGAGUGGGUAUCAAUGUACUAACGUGGAAAAGCAGCGUUCAGUUAUUAUGCUCCAAAUAUCUGGAACAAACUAGAAACCUGCAGGUCCGCUGCAACUCUGACUACUUUUAAAUCCAGACUAAAGACUUUUCUUUUUGUCGCUGCUUUUAAUUGAACUAUUCACAUCUUAAACUGCACUGUAACUUUUAUCACUGUAACUUUUCUUUUAAUGUUUAUUUUAUUAUCUUUUCUUUUUAAUGACUGAUUUUAAAUGCCAUUUUCUUAAUGUCUUUCAUUUUUUGUAAAGCACUUUGAAUUGCUUUGUGUUGAAAGGUGCUAUAUAAUAAACUUGCCUUGCCUUGCUAAAUCUUACCUUUUGCUAUUUCUUUAUGCUUAAAUGCUUUCUGUAAAGCACUUUGAAUAGAAAGGUGCAGUGAUGAUACAUUUGUGUAGGCAAACCUGACCAUUUUGUUUUUAGUAUUGCAGAAAAUAAGAUCUUUGGCAAACAGCUCAACAUUGUUACCUCUAAACUCCAUGAAGCAAUAUCGUAAAUAAACUUAAAAGACUCCUAUCAUGAAAAAAAAUCCCAAUAUACUUUCCAAAAGUCCUGCGUUUAUGUGGACUCUGUACCCAUUUAUACUUUAUUGUUGAAGUAAAUGGCUAACACAUUACAUCAGGAAAGACUGAGAUGUUAUUCUGAUGAUAGAGUAAGUGUGAGAUCUGGAACCCUGCACUUCUCUUUUUGCAGCUGCUUUUUAUAAUCAAAUAACUAUUGAUUUUUUUAUACUGCAUUCUAUCUUUUAUUCUUAUACUUGUGUUAUUAUUCUAUUAAAGCUUGUUUCAGUUUGUUUUCACUUGACUUUUAAAUGACUGAAACGCAAUGCUUUGUAAUGUUUUAUGUUAGGCACUUUGAAUCGCCUUGUUGUUGAAAUGUGCUGUAUACAUACACUUGUAAUAAUUGUAUACAUUUGAUUUUCUAUUCAAUUUGUAGUUUUUUUUAGCGUAUAAUGAAUAAACAUGUAUAUUUGUUGCCUGCCUGAACUUGUUUUUGUGACACAGAUUUCAUUAUUUAUGUACAGCUAAUUUUAUUUUUAGGGACAUUUCAUAUUCAUAUAAAGUGAUGGCCUGACUCCAAACAUUUCUUUUUACAUUUUACCCAAGAACUUAAACAAUAUUUAAAAACAUUAUGAAUAAAAAGCUAGAUUGAAAGAUAACUGUAAUUGAAAUCUGUUUAUAAUGCAUUCACCCAGUCGAAGAUGUAUUUUGUUCUUUCAAACUUUGUGGCUCUCAGCCAUAUUGUGUGUUUAUCUCAUGGAUGUAUAAUGUUUAACUAGUUCACUCUUAAUUUCUGAAACAUGACGCUCGGUUGAUGAUUGGUCAAAUGCUGCAAACCCCGCCCCUCACAUCCAGACUGGAGUUCUCUGGGCUGACGGCUGACCUGAUAACAGCGUCUCAGCACUGCCUACAGUGGGAUCGCGUUUAGUUGAGUCAGAAAACACAAAGAUAUCCUCGGUAUGUUGAACCGUUUAGUUUAGGACAUCCAGUUCAGAAUCCCUCAAAAACUUUAUAACUUUAACGAACUUUCUUAAGUUGCUUCUGCAAGGCACAGUGCUUCCUCAAAAGACACCAUUUUGAUCGUUUGAACAUUCAACACACACCAAGGCAUGAUGAAUUUGCAGGAAUACUUCAUAAGAAUUGGUCUUCAAGGCUCCUUUGACAAACCGGAUCUCGAAACACUGAAGCUGAUCCACAAACAGCACGUCAUGUCCGUUCCUUUUGAAAACCUCAGCAUGCACUGUGGCGAGCGGCACAUCCUGGACCUGGAGUUCACGUUCAACAAGAUAGUGAGGAGCGGCCGGGGGGGCUGGUGCCUCGAGAACAACUCCCUGUUUGGCUGGGUGCUGAGAGAAAUGGGUUACGACACUACCAGGUUGUCCUCCAGAGUUUUCGACAGUCAAACCAAUACAUUUUACCCCACCGAAAGUCAUCUCAUCCACAAGGUCGUCGUCGAUGGAAAGGCUUAUAUAGCAGAUGUGGCCUUUGGGGUGUCUUUCCAGAUGUGGGAGCCCAUGGAGCUCGUCUCUGGAAAGGAUCAGCAUCAGGCCGCUGGCGUCUUUCGAUUCUUAGACAAGGGAGACAAGUGGGUUCUGGAGAAGACGAGCAGAAAGACCAAGGUUCUCAAUCCAGACUUUGCUGAUUCUAGUCUUGUGAAGAGGCAGGAGACGAGGACGAUAUACUGCUUUACCUUGGAGCCUCGAGAAGUUGAGCAUUUCUCCGAAGCAAACAACACACUUCAGACAGAUCCUAAAUCGCUGUUCAUGAAUAAAUCCAUCGUGUCUCUGCAAACAGCGACAGGAUUCAGAGCGCUUGUGGGCUGGACCUACAGCGAGGUCACCUUCAAACCAGAGGAAGGUGUCGAUGUCUUCGACCUGAGAAACAUAGAAGAUGAGGAGAAAGAGCAAGUUCUUCUGGAGAAGUUCAAUAUAAAGCUGCAGAAGAAACUGCAGAUUGUAAGCAAGAAAACCUGCUACACACUCUAAAACAGUGGUUCUCAACUGGUCAGGCCUCGGGACCCACUUUUUCCUUUGUCAAUAAAUCGCGACCCGACAUUUUGAAACACUCAAAUCUAUUCAACAAAAAUACGUGCAGUAAUAUAUACGCUUUUCAGCAUACAUUAUUAAUUAAAGUGAAGUACAGUGCAUAUAUCCCUUAUAUCCUUUCACAGAACUAAAGAAUGCUUUUAAAAAAGGUUUAAUGACAUGAUGGAAUCAAAGCUGAACAUAA